GGGCUCGUGCGCCGCUCGGCCUAACGGUCUGGCUGAGGGGGGGAAGGCUGUGAGGUGAAGGGCCCGGCCCGGCCCAGUCGGAGCCAUGCAGGCCUUCCUCAAAGGCCCGUCUUCCAUCAGCACCAAGCCCCCCGCUGCCAAGGAGAAGGCCGCAGCGGGGAGCAGCGGGGAGUGCAAGAGGCUCAAGCCUAUCCCCUGGGUGGAGAAAUAUCGCCCCAAAAAUGUGGAUGAAGUUGCCUUCCAGGAUGAAGUUGUUGCUGUGCUGAAAAAGUCCUUGGAAGGUGCUGAUCUUCCCAAUCUGUUGUUCUAUGGCCCACCUGGAACUGGAAAGACUUCUACUAUUUUAGCAGCUGCUAGAGAACUCUACGGGCCUGAAUUGUUCCGACAAAGAGUCCUUGAGUUGAAUGCUUCUGAUGAGCGUGGAAUACAAGUGAUUCGGGAAAAAGUGAAGGCUUUCGCUCAGCUAACUGCAUCUGGAAGCCGUUCAGAUGGUAAAGUUUGUCCUCCUUUUAAAAUUGUAAUCCUGGAUGAAGCAGACUCAAUGACUUCAGCAGCCCAGGCAGCCUUAAGACGCACAAUGGAAAAAGAAUCUAAAACAACACGUUUCUGUCUUAUUUGUAACUACAUCAGCAGAAUAAUUGAGCCUCUAACAUCUCGAUGCUCCAAAUUCCGCUUCAAGCCUUUGUCAGACAAAAUCCAACAGCAGAGGCUAUUGGAGGUUUCUGAGAAGGAACAUGUGAAAAUCAGUAGUGAGGCAGUAUCUUACCUUGUUAAAGUGUCAGAAGGGGACUUAAGAAAAGCAAUUACUUUUCUUCAAAGUGCGACUCGCCUAACGGGCGGGAAAGAGAUCACAGAGAAGAUAGUCACAGAAAUUGCUGGGGUAAGCUAUGCUUGGCAGUUUCUCCUGUUUGCGUAUGUAGCUGUGGAAAAGAGCUGCAUUUCACUUACAGUUAUCCGUAAAUCACAAUUUCUAAGAAACCUGGCAGAACUUGACUGUAAUGAUAGGAAAGAGAAGCAUGAGAUUCCAUUACUGAAUAAUGCUUGGUUAAACCAAAGGAACCCAACUUUACAUCUUCAGAAAGACUUCAAGUUCUUGGUCGUCAUCCCUAAAUUUUUUGAGAAACUGGAAACACUGGCAAAGAAUCUCAUAAACGAAGGCUAUGCUGUCGCUCAGCUUGUAAACCAGCUGCAUGAUGCUGUUGUUGAGAGCGAAGAUUACAGUGACAAGCAGAAAUCUGCCAUAGUUGAAAAACUUGCGGAAGUAGACAAAUGCUUGGCUGAUGGUGCUGACGAAUACCUGCAGCUGGUGAGUCUCUGUGCCCUUGUGAUGCAGCAGCUAACGCAGAACGUCUAA